AUGAGAUACGUACUAUUCUCCCUAAGCGCAUUCGUGUUCUACGCGAUCUUCUACUUUUCCUAUAUCAAUGGCCUCGAUGAAUUGGGAAAGAAAGUCGUGGAAUCUGGCACGCUUCCUACUAUAAAUGAGCCCCUGCGCUCAGUAUACACUGGCGUUGAGCCAGUCGACAAGCUCCUAACGCUAUUGACUACAUUUUUCUACCCAUCACUCGAUGGCUCAAACCCCGGUCUUUUGCUUCACAGCAUUGGCUUCUCGGGUACCUUCGGAGCAGCAUGGACUCUAGUUGUCCUGGAGUCCUGGAGAAAGGGUAACACCGGAACAAUUGCCGCUUAUCCAAUGAUCUUCGGCCUCGCAGCCCAGGUCCUGACUUUUGCUUUUGCAACUCCCUUAAUUUGCGCUCUCCAGCUCGGCUGCUCAAUCACCGCGCGUCGUCCUCAUGCAGACAACAUCCGCGUGCCGCGCGCGGUGCUCGCAGCCCUCCCAUUGAUCUUCGUAGUUGGGUUCAUGGUCCCGACUAACAUCAUGGUCCUACCCGCUCCCGCUGUUAUUCCAGUGGAUGUGAAGCAAAUCGCCAUUGCGAUGUGGCACCCUUGGCCUGGCUACGUGUCGAUUCUGACUACUGUCGCGUACUUCAUUUUAUCGCCUUUCUUCUCGGAGAACCAGCGUGCGUCUAUGUCUAGCUUGCGCUGGGUCUACGCAUUUGCAUUUAUCAAUGCUUCUCUUUCACACCUUGUUUCUUGGAUUGUGUCUUUGGCUACGGUUAUCGUUCCAAGUCUGUUCGCGGAUCAUGUCCUGAAAACACUUCAUCCAGCCAAUGUUUUUGCCAUUCCUCUUCCUUGGUCUGGACUGACUGUUGACAAUGUCGGUGAUGGUGUGCACGUUUUCCUGCGUUGGGAUUAUUUGAUUGGCUCGGCUGGUAUCUUGCUUUGGGCGAUCCAGUUAUAUACUGUUGCUCACAAGCAACUUGGUGUUGUAUCUUGGGUCAGUUUCUUGUUCAAGGUUACUCUCUUGACAGCUCUUGUUGGUCCUGCGGGUACUGCGGUUGAACUGGUCUGGGAGCGGGAUGAGCUGGUUUUCUCCGAGACUGGUGGUAGCAGGCAGCAGGUUUCCAAGGCCAAGAAGUCCACCUGA